AAUCGAGCGGAAUUCAGUCGCACUUCUGGUCUACUAUCGUCGUUAACGUUUUUACAUGCACGAGAAUUACUCAGUUACGGGAGGAACAUUGCAAGAAUCGAUCGAUAACAGUGUGACUCACCCAACGUGGAAUUAAAAUAGAAAAAAAAAUACCAAAAAAAACAAGACAAAUAUCAACAAAUUAUUUCAUUCAGAAUUGAUACAAAUUUUCAUGAGAGAGAAAGAGCAAAACUCUUUAGUGUUUUGAUAGUUAUUUAUCAGGACACAUUAUUUAUCAACACACGAUUGUCCUUAUUUUAAAUCAUGCUUUUAGUGACCUUUCUUCUUUUUUUUCUUCAUCCCUUAGUGAACGGAGACUCUUGCGGAUGGAAUUGUGAAAGUUCCAAAAGACCAAAAAGGGUCUUCAGCAUUUAUUGGAACGUUCCUACCUUUAUGUGUCACCAAUAUGGUAUGAAUUUCGACGAAGUGACAGAUUUUAAUAUCAAACAUAAUUCUAAGGACAAUUUUCGUGGUGAAACUAUAGCAAUUUAUUAUGAUCCUGGAAAAUUUCCAGCAUUGAUGCCGCUUAAUAAUAACGGCAAAUACGAGGAAAGAAAUGGAGGUGUUCCUCAACUAGGUAACAUCACGAUACAUUUGCAACAAUUUAACGAAGAUUUGGAUAAAAUGACACCGGAUAGAAAUUUCGGUGGUAUAGGUGUAAUCGAUUUCGAAAGAUGGAGACCGAUUUUCCGACAAAAUUGGGGUAACACGGAAAUACAUAAGAAAUAUUCUAUUGAACUCGUUCGAAAAGAACAUCCAAAGUGGAGCGAAUCGAUGAUCGAAGCGGAAGCUACGAAAAAGUUUGAGAAAUAUGCCAGAUAUUUCAUGGAGGAAACUUUGAAAUUGGCAAAAAAGUCUAGGAAAAGGGCUAAAUGGGGUUAUUACGGAUUUCCUUACUGUUAUAACGUAACACCGAAUAAUCCUGGUCCGGAUUGUGAUGCUAAAGCGAUAAUCGAGAACGAUAGACUGUCGUGGAUGUACAAUAAUCAAGAAAUCCUUUUACCAUCCGUCUACUUGAGACAUGAACAAAAACCGGAGGAAAGGAUUUAUCUAGUGCAAGGGAGAAUUAAGGAAGCUGUUAGGAUAUCGAAUAAUUUAGAACAUUCACCUAGUGUCCUUGCUUAUUGGUGGUACGUGUAUCAGGACAAAAUGGACAUUUACCUAAGCGAGACCGACGUGAAAAAGACUUUCCAAGAAAUAGUGACUAAUGGUGGGAAUGGUAUCAUAAUAUGGGGUAGCUCAUCCGAUGUAAACAGCCUAAGUAAAUGUAAAAGAUUGAGAGAGUACCUGUUAAACACUUUAGGACCGAUCGCGGUUAACGUAACAGAAACUGUCAACGGAAGAUCAUCUCUGAACUUUUAGUAUAAUCUAUAACACCUUGCCGAUGGUGAUUAUUAGAGUGUUCGAUGAUUGGUUUGAUCUCACUGAAAAGACUUUUUGUUAACAAACAAAAAAGAAAACUAUAAUGUAUAAGUUACAAAAAAAACCUGUGCGACCAAAGAAAGAAAAAAACAAGAAAAUAAUGAAUAAUCUAAUCAAUAAACCUAAGAGAAUCAUCUACCAAAGAAAUAAUACCAAUUAAUAAUUCAUAUUUGUACUUAAUAUAAUUUAAUUGUAAUUAAAUUUAAACACAGACGAAUCGUAUCACUCCGAAAUUGCAUAAUCCUUAUAAAGUAAAAAACAAAAAAAAUUUA